AUAAAGCAAGUGUGAAAAUGGCGUGCACAGAGAGACAGUUCACUUUGUACUUUGAAUCUAGUGAAGACGACAUUUGUACAAGUCUUUGGUCAGAUAUUCACAACGAAAAGGUUGUUUCUUCUACACUGAAGAACUUGCUUCUUGGCGGAUUCCAGUUGUUUUGUAAUCAGAAGUCAUUGAAAGUUUAUCAUGAACUUUGCAACUUUCAGCUGCCAGCUUUGAAGCUGUUGGACUUGUCUGUCCCGGACUGUAAUAGUGAAUAUGAUGCAAGAACAUCGGUCUACCCUUCAUCAAUAGUAUUAUUUCUAGACCUGGUUUCAGCGCUUUCUACAGAAUCCGCCAAACAUCUAGAAGAACUAAACAUUGCAAACUUUUUAAUCAGGAACAAUGUGUGCAACCAACAAAUACUAGAAUUGAAGGAGCAUAUGACAAGAUUUGUCUGUUUACGGGUUCUUGGGUUAAAGGGAACAAAGUUUACAAUUGGGAAGAAACGAGGAGAGACAAGCUCACUCCGAACCCUUCUCUCAGCACAGAAACUCCAGGAAAUAGAUCUAAGUUUCACCUUUAUCAGCAGAGAAGAAGGAAUCAGUCUUGCAAGAACUGUAAAGGACAAGGCUAGAAAGGGAGGUCAAGUGAAGAUAAAGAUGGAAGGAUGUUGCGGGGAAGGAAUUUCAAAAUUUUUCAAAAUUCUUGAAUUAUCAAAAACUGUUCUAUAUACUCACAGGUUGAAUAAGAAUUAA